UUUUCUUACCUGGAUCUUAUAUCUCUUUAUAUAGAUAUCAUAUCAUGAUUUCUGAAAGAUGUGCUGCUUGCAAGAAUCAAAGAAGAAAAUGCCCUUCUGAUUGCAUUUUCUCUCCAUGUUUUCCUGCCAAUGAUCCUCAAAAGUUUGCUUGUGUUCACAAAAUCUACGGUGGCAGUAAUGUUGGAAAGAUGCUUCAGGGAAUUCCAACCUAUCUAAGAGAACAAGCUGCAAAUGCAUUGUAUUUAGAAGCAAAAUGGAGGAUUCAUGACCCUGUUUAUGGGUGUGUUGGCAUUAUCUCUUCAUUGUAUGAACAAAUUCAAAAUGCAGAAAUUGAACUAGCAAAAAUUCAAACUCAGAUUACUUUCUACAAGCUCCAAACCCAACGUGUUGAAGCUGAACCAAAUUCGGAAGUUUUGCAAGCACAAAGCAGCAAUAUGGAGCAGUUUGAGUGGGACAAUCCAACUAUAGCUUCUUGGUUCAAUUGAAAUUUUUUUUGGUAAGCUUUGAAUAAUUGUUGAAAGAGGCCAAUGAUUGGUAUCUUAAUUACUAAUAAUAAAUGAUGUUUAAUUUGGUGCUUAUUUUAUAUUUUUUGGACAAUUUUAAAUUCCAAAUGUUAACCAUGUUCCUUUUAAUUUGAUUUUUUUUUUUCUGUUCUCAAUCAUUCUAAAUUUUAAGAAUUAAUAUACCAUAUAUAGAUAUACAUUCGUGAUAAAU